CAGCGCAGCUGCCUUUGUCGGGGAGGGGGCUGCUGACGGGCCAGGGUCAGCCUAAGGGGGAAGAGUGGGCUCCAGCUGCGUCCGCGCGCCCUUUUUCGCUGGUCUGUGGUCAUAGUGCCAAGUGGUUCUCUAGCCUUCUCCCCAAGUCACCGUCGUCGUACUCGGCCCUAACGGGAUGUGUAGCUCCUAGAAAGGGAGGCUGCGGCGGUAAGAGCUGCGUCUUUUGCUGAUCUUUGGCCCCAGCUGCCGGGGGAGACUGCGCGGGACUGUCCGGCAGGCGGGGUCUCCCCAAAAGGGACCACUGCCAGACGCAGCUCUCCAAGGCACUCGCGAGGGCAGAGCCUAGAGGGCAGAGCAAACAUGAAUGUUGGAGUUGCUCACAGUGAGGUGAAUCCAAAUACCCGUGUAAUGAACAGCCGUGGUAUGUGGCUGACAUAUGCAUUGGGAGUUGGCUUGCUUCAUAUUGUCUUACUCAGCAUGCCCUUCUUCAGUGUUUCUGUUGCUUGGACCUUAACAAAUAUUAUACAUAAUCUGGGGAUGUAUGUCUUUUUCCAUGCAGUGAAAGGAACACCUUUUGAAACCCCUGACCAAGGUAAAGCAAGGCUCCUAACUCAUUGGGAACAACUGGACUAUGGAGUACAGUUUACAUCUUCACGGAAGUUUUUCACAAUUUCACCAAUAAUUCUAUAUUUUCUGGCAAGUUUCUAUACGAAGUAUGAUCCAACUCACUUCAUCCUAAACACAGCUUCUCUGCUGAGUGUACUAAUUCCCAAAAUGCCACAACUACAUGGUGUUCGGAUCUUUGGAAUUAAUAAGUAUUGAAAUGUGUUGAAACUGAACAAAACUUUUAUAGCUACUGAGUUUCCUGUAAGGAGGGAGUAGUUAGCGUACUGCACUAUUAUUGCGAUAAUAUGAAAUGAGAGGAAUUUGCAUUGGAGGGCCAAUUGCUAGUUCUUCAUAGGUUGUUUUGAAGUGCAGAUUUUUACUAGAAGAUGCCUCUAAGUGUUUAAUCCAUCUGGUGUAUUUCUGAGAGAGGCUUUACAGGCAGGCUGGGCAGGCCCAGCUCAAAGGUUAAAUGGCUCUAGAGCAAGGGUAUAGUAAAUUAAUCCAAGGAAGUAAGUUUCUAAGAAACUAGGACUAGCUUAGUUUAUAAUGGAUGGGCAUUAUGUUAGGAGAAGAAAAUUUUCAAUCAUUCAGUCGUAGUCAGGUUUACACCGACUUACAUGUAAACCAGGAUCAUCUAUUUAAAAGUUUACUAUAGAUGGUUUUUAUUACCUUACGUAUUUCUACCCUCUUGUUUUUUACAAGUCAAUUCCUUAUUUUGUAAGUGUGGUUUUUUUUUUUUGGUUUUGCUGGUUCAACAUUAUGUGUUGACAGAUGAGGUCAUUUUUAUAUUUAUUAAGUUACUGAGUUCAUGAAGAUCCACCUUCAUGACUGGUGAUAGAGAUAAGCAGCGUCUGAGUCAGUCUUUUAAUUUUGAAACAACCUAGGUUUUGCUGCUUUUCCAGAUAAAAGGCUGCUAAACCAAUUAAAAUAAUUUAUUUUAGGCAGUUAAAGUACAUGAUAAUUUAAAGUUCUCUGCUUAUUUGGUUGAGCAAUGUAAUUGUUAAAGAAUGGCAAUUCUUUAGAAAAGGAAAUACAACAUAGACAGCUAUAUAGUCAACCUGUGUUCUGGCAAAACAUUCUUAGCAGUAGUACCAGGCUUGCAGUAAAAUAUAACAUCGUUUUUUCUUAGUCCUCCUGCUCUCUAUUCCAGUCUUUUGGCCCCCAUUAAUAUUUUUGCCUUUCAAUAACUUACAUGGAUUUUGGUGCAGAUAGCUCAAAAUGGUAACUUUUUCCAAAGGAGCAACCAUAUUGAAAUUCUUGUGACUUGGAGAAAUUUCUUAUAGUUGCUGACUUUAUUUGCAAGAAAUAACCAUAUUCUACUUUGAGAAGUGAGUGUGCCAAAUAACAAAAUUCUGGUAUGGGAUGAAACUGAAAAUCUCACUAACAUCUGUAAAUAAAAUUGACUGAAGAGUUACAGACCAACCUAGAAAUCAAUUUGUUUCAAUAAAUUGACUUUUCGGGGUAAUGAUCGUUGUUUUGUAUUUCAAAAGUAUUGAGUUUAGAAAUCAGAUGUAUGAUAAAUGCCUUUGUAUGUUUGUCUUUUCUCAUGUAUUAAUAACUGAUCAUCUAUGCUUUAAUAAAAAUUUUCCUUGGUAUAAGAUUUCAGAAACUCUCCAAGUUCAGACAUCAAAAUUACACUUAUAUUAAGUUAGCCAAAAACAUUCCUUUGUCUUUCUUCAUUUUAAAGCUUAAUUAUCUGAAAAGGCUUACAUUUUUUGUACAUAUUUCAGAGACAGAAAACUGCUCUGAUAUAUGCUUUCUUCUCCUAUUUUCCCUACUUUUUGCCCUCCAAUGUUUAGAUAUUUGAGUGCCCACUCUGUGCUAGGUAUUGUUUAGGUGUUGCAAAUGAAUAUGGUAUAUACAUAAGACAGACUAACCCCCCACCUCCGUAUUUGCUUAUGUUCUAGUUUAAAGACAGAUAAUAAACGAUUAAAAAAAAGUACAAUUAUUUUAUGUAGUGGUAAGUGCUUUGGGGAAAAAGCUGAAUAGUAGGGGAGCUAUUUAGAAAGGUCAUCCCUGAAGAUCCUAUCUGAGAACAUAACAUGAGAACACAGACCUGACAAAAGGGAGCAAGCAAUUCAAAGAUCUGGGGAAAUAGCAUUACCAGUAAAGGAAAUGACAAAUAUUAAGGUUCUGAGGCAGGAAUGAGUGUGAUGUGUUUAAAGAAGAACAGGACAGUCAGUGGGGCUAGAAAGGAUAAUCAAAGAAGAGAAGAAUGGUAGCAAAUACGAGGUCAGAGGAAUAGGUGGGGCCCAGAUCAUUUAGGGUUUUACAGACCGAAGUAAAGAGUGGAUUUUAUUCUAAGCAUGACAGCCAUUGGAGAGUUUUACAAAGGAGAAUAAUGGGAUCUGAUCUUUGUUUUAAGAUCACUGGCUACUUUUGAGAGUAAACUGUAAGGGAAUAGGAAACAGGAAGAAGUUAAGAAGCUACUGCAGGCAAGAAACAAUGGUAGCUUGGACUAGAGAAAUAGCAGACGAAGUAAGUAGCAGUCAGAUUUGAGAUAUCCUUUGCAUGUACAACCCAUAAGAUGCUGAUGUAUUGAUUGUGGUUUGGGGGUGAGAAAAUUAAAAUAACUCCUAGUUUUUGGCCUUAGCACCUAGGUGAAUGGUUAUGUUAAAUAUAGAAAUUAUUGCAAAUUUCACAAAUUUGUAAAGUUUAAUAUAAAAAUAUAAAAAAACUUUUUUUUUUAAACAAAAUCUAUAAUGGCUAUUGGAAGAAAAUCAAUUGCCAUACUAUAAUUGCUCCCAAUUUCAAGUUAGAAGACAUACUGGCAAUUUCUAAGCAGGCAUAAACUCAAAAAUACCUAAGUCUUAUGUACCUGUCACAGAUGAAAAGUGUUCCCUUUGUUUUUCCCUAACCCACUGGCUUCAGUGUUUCCUUGAUUCUGCAUUUGGUCUUUACUAUUCUUUCAAAACCUUGUCCACUGGUAACAGUCAAAACCGGAGUCAGUGGUAUUAGUUACCACUUUGCCUUAAAAAACACUUUAAAGUGUCAUCCAUGAAAUUCUGGAAUAUGGGUACAUAUUCUGAUAAUUUACAUUUGAAACUAAAUGAUGAAAAUUUUAAAACCAGUUGUUAGUUUGAAAGAUAUCCAAUUCAGAACAAUCUAUAAAUUGAACAUUUUCUCUGUAUAAUUAACAUUAACAGUUUAAGAUGAACUAUUUUGAUCUACACUUGAUGUAUUUCAGCGUCUCCAUCCUGAGUUAUAAGGUUAAAUAUUGCUAAUUUAAAGGUAAUGAUAGUAAUGUAAGUGUUACUGUUAACAAGGUGAAUCAAUCUGCCAAAUAAAACAUUUAUUCCUUUAGUAGAUUAAGUGUUGCAUUUUUUCAGAAAAUUUUAUAUUUCUUUGUCUUCAAACCCUUUAGAUAAAGCAUCAGCAUUUGUGGAAAGCAGACCUAAAUUUAAAAUUCCAACUCCACUACCUAUUGGUUGUGUAACCUUGGGCAAACUAAUUGCUCUAAGCUUUGGUUUUCUUAUCUAUAAAAUAAGAGCAGUAAAACUACUUGCCUUUUACGGUUGCUGUGACACUUAAAAUAGUUCAUAUUAAUAAAUGUUUGUAAUUCUGGUUAUCAUUUGUUUAUAAUAAUUUAGUCCCUGCUGUUUGUAAAAUUACAAAUACAGCAGCCACUGUAAGAGUUGAAGAUAAUAAAUAUAUAAUAAAUGUAUAAUGACAAAAUAAAUUUUCCCUCCUAAUUUUCUUCCCAUUUUGAAAACCUAACUUUUUUCACUAACAGGCAAGUCAAAAUAGAAUAUUUUGUUUUAUCCUGGGUAUUCAAAUGGCUGAAUUAAUGAAACAACUCACUGCUUGAGGCAAAAGGAUGCCUUUUUUUAACCCACAUUUUUUUUCUUUUUUACUCUCAGAGUAAUACAAGACUGUUGACCAACUACCAUACCUUUAUCCUUAUAGAAAACCCAAAUAAAGCUGAGACUAUAACAGUGACAUUCUUCUGGGUAAAGAUUAAACCAGACCAGAUACUUGCAAGGAAAACAAUGCAACUGCCUUUUCUUCAUUUACAAGAUAGUUACCUCAAAUUUCAAAUAUGUAUAGCUUUAAAGUUGUCUUUUAUUUUAUGCUUCAAGAAACUGAAGAAAUAAAUAUAUAGGAGAAUAAGAGUUUGAUAAUUCAUUAGGAAUUGCUCAUAGGUCAAAUCCUAUUCAUUAAUAAGCAG